AUGGCAGACUUUGAAGCCAUUUUAGCCAACAGCACAGACCCUGCACAGAACGCCGUGCACGCAUGUAUCCUGGCCGCGGUGGACAAAACCGGAAAGCAGCUGUACUUCAAAGCCGCGGGACACCCCAACGUCGACGACCCGACCAAUCGCGUCGACCCGGACGCGACGCUAUGGAUUGCGUCCUGCACGAAGCUGAUCGGCACGGUCGCGGCGCUCCAGUGCGUCGAGCGCGACCAGGUCGGGCUAGACGACCCCGUCGACAAGAUCCUGCCGGAGCUUGCGGCGCCCGAGGUUUUCUCGCCACCACCCAAGGAAGGAGGAGAGUCCCUCGAGGGCUCACAACGCUUCGUCACGCAGCCCGCCACCAACAAAAUCACCCUCAGAAACCUGCUGUGCCACAACAGUGGGCACGCGUAUGACUUCAUGGACCCCCUGCUGGUCGCCUGGCGGGCCUCGAGGGGUGAGGGCGCCGUGUCUCUAAGCGCGCUCGUGGCAAAGGCACAUACUAUACCUUUACUCUACCAGCCUGGUGAAGGAUGGUCAUACGGCGGCGGCAUCGAUGAUUUCUUCCACCUCCCCACCUCUCCUUCACUGCCUACAGCGUUUACUGACUCGAGUCUUAAAAUGGGGAAGUGGGCCGGUGAGAUCGUCGCGCGUCUCAACAACACCUCACUAGAAGACUACCUGCAGGAGCACAUAUUCAAGCCUCUGGGCAUCCACUCGACGACGUUCCGACUCGAGCGCCACCCGGAGAUCCAGGCGCGGCUGAUGCCCACGGCGGAGCGCAACGCCGACGGCACCUUCAAGAUGUCCCAGAAGAUGUGGCCGGACGAGGCGCCCGAGGACUGCGCGGGCGCGGGCCUGUACUCGACGGCGACCGACUACCUCGCCGUGCUGGGCGACCUGAUCCGCGACGAGCCGCGGCUGCUGAAGCGCGAGACAAUCGAAAAAAACAUGUUCGCGCCGCAGUUCGCGCCGGGCUCGCCCUCCCUCGCCGCCCUGCUGGGCAACACCGCCAUCAUCGCCGCCAUGACUGGCGCCGCCAACCUCACCGGCGGCAUCAACUGGGGUCUCGGCGGGCUUUACAUGGAGGACGACAUCGGGGUGCACCGCAAGGGCACCCUCACCUGGGGAGGCCUGCCGAAUCUGGUCUGGAUCAUGAACCGCGACCGCGGCGUCGCCGCCCUCUACGCCACCCAGCUGAUUCCCCCGGCCGACCCGAAGAAUAUCGCCCUGGCGAAUCACUUCUUCGACGAGGUAUUCCGCUUGGGCGCGACCCAGGGUUGA